AUGAACACCUCUUUGUGUGACUCCGCCCUGACCAUGAUUGACCUGGUGGCAGACCACCAAGCCAAUGCCAGCCGCAACUGCUCGGCCGCAGCAGCUUCCGACUGGACAGCGGGGGGAGACGCCCCACAGCUCCCCACCUUCACCACGGCAGCCAAAGCCAGAGUCAUCAUCACCUUCAUCCUCUGCGUCCUGUCCGCCUUCUGCAACCUGGCUGUCCUGUGGGCGGCCUGCCGGGAUGGCAAACGCAAAUCUCACGUCAAGGUGCUGAUCAUCAACCUGACGGCGGCGGAUCUGCUGGUGACGUUCGUUGUGAUGCCUGUGGACGCCGUGUGGAACAUCACGGUCCAGUGGCUGGCCGGCGACUUGGCCUGCAGGCUCCUUAUGUUUCUUAAGCUGCAGGCCAUGUAUUCCUGUGCCUUUGUGACUGUGGUGAUCAGUCUGGACAGGCAGUCAGCCAUCCUCAAUCCUCUGGCUAUCAAUAAAGCCAGAGGGAGGAACAGGGUCAUGCUCACUGUGGCGUGGGGCAUGAGUGUUGUGCUCUCACUCCCUCAGAUCUUCCUUUUUCACAAUGUGACAAUUACCCACCCAGAGGACUUCACUCAGUGCACAACUCGUGGGAGUUUCGUCCCUCGCUGGCAUGAGACGGCAUACAACAUGUUCACUUUUUCAUGUCUGUUCUUGUUGCCACUGGUCAUCAUGAUCACCUGUUACACCAGGAUCUUCUGUGAGAUCUCCAGACGGCUGCAAAAAGACAACUUGCCCUCAAAAGAAGUGUAUUUGCGGUGUUCCAAGAACAACAUCCCCAAAGCGCGGAUGAGAACUCUGAAAAUGAGUAUUGUAAUCGUCUUGUCCUUCAUUAUCUGUUGGACUCCAUACUACCUACUUGGCCUGUGGUAUUGGUUUUUCCCCGAUGACCUGGAGGGAAAGGUGUCACAGUCACUGACCCACAUCCUGUUCAUCUUUGGGCUAUUCAACGCCUGCCUGGACCCAAUAAUCUACGGCUUAUUUACCACUCACUUUCGAAAGGGUCUCCAGAGGUUCUACAGAAAUGGCACAGCAUCGGUGGAAGCGGAUAAUAACACGGUGAUAAUUGGAUCCUUUACCUGUGCCACAAAUUCAGUGAAAACAGAGCUCAGGAGGCCCAGCCAGGACAGGCUGAUGCUGCGCAGUGAGAGCAACAGCAGAGCGUCAGAAAGUGGCAACUUUCUGACGGCUGAGACAGAUCUCAACCAGUUCAGGCCUGAGAGUGAAUUAUGA